CUUCCUUCCAGGACAGACAGGCACGCCUAGAAGCCAGACCUUCGGUGGCGGGCCCAGCCCCCGGGGACCCCAGAGAUGCUGCUGCCGUUGCUGCUGCCGCUGCUGUGGGCAGGGUCCCUGCAGGAGAAUCCCGGGUACAAGCUGCAGGUGCAGAAGUCCGUGACGGUGCAGGAGGGCCUGUGUGUCCACGUUCCCUGCACCGUCUCCUACCCCGGGGUUCGCAGGAGCCCCUCUGCACCUGUUUACGGCUCCUGGUUCCGGAAAACCUACAACUCCAGAGGGGAUGUUCUCAUGGCCACAAACAACCCUGCCAAGGGCGCAAAGAGGAAGAACAGAUUUUCAUUUCACCUCGCCGGAGACCCUGGGGACAGGGACUGCUCCCUGAACAUCACAGACGCCCAGAAGGCAGACAGUGGAAAGUAUUAUUUUCAACUGGACAUAGGUUCCAUGAGACACAGUUACCAAAGUGACCCGCUCACUGUGACUGUAAAAGCGCUGACACAGACCCCAGAUAUCCGUAUCGAGGAGCCCCUGGAGUCUGGCUCUCCCAGCCACCUCACAUGCUCUGUGCCCGGGGUCUGUGAUGGGGUGACGCCCCUCACCCUCUCCUGGACGGGAGCUGCGCUCAGACCUCCGGGACCGGACCUGGAGGCCUAUAACUCCUCGGAGAUCCUGCUCACCCCCCGUCCGCAGGACCACGGCACCAACCUCACCUGUCAUGUGACCUUCCCCAGGGCUGGUGUGAGCACCCAAAGCACCAUUACGCUCAACGUCUCCUAUGCUCCACAGAACGUGACCAUCGGCAUCUCCCGAGGAAAUUGCACAGAACUGAAAUACCCGGGGAAUGGCUCAUCUCUUCCAGUCCUGGAAGGGGAAUCUGUGCUCCUGGUCUGUGUCGCCGACAGCAACCCUCCGGCCACACUGGGCUGGGCCCAGGGGAGCCGGACUCUGAGCCCGUCCCAGCCUUGGAAGCCCGGGGUCCUGGAGCUGCCCCGAGUGGAGUCGGGCCACGAAGGCGAAUUCACCUGCCGAGCUCAGCACGCUCGGGGCUCCCAGCACGUCUCCCUGCGUCUCUCUGUGGUCUGCCCCCCGCGGCUGCUCGGCCCCUCCUGCUCCUGGGAGGGCGAGGCGCUGGGCUGCACCUGCUCCGCCCGAGCCCGGCCGGCCCCCACCCUGCGCUGGCGGCUGGGGGAGGGGCUGCUGGAGGGGAACCACAGCGACGCCUCCUUGACCGUCACCUCCAGCUCCGAGGGGCCCUGGGCCAACGGCUCCCUGAGCCUCAGGGGGCCGCUGCGCUCCGACCUCAGACUCGGCUGCGAGGCCCGGAAUGAGCACGGGGCCCAGAGCACCGCCGUCCUGGUGCUGCGGCCAGCGCAGCCUCUGCUUGGGGGAGGAUUCGUUCUGGCGGCUGCCGGGGGUGCUGGUGUCGCUGGCCUGCUCGGUCUCUGUCCUUGCCUCAUCUUCUUCAUAGUGAAGACCCGCAGGAAGCAGGCCCCAGAGACAGCAGCUGGCGGCAAGGAAGCUGCCUGCAUGUUGGGUCCCAUCUCCUGGGGUUCCCAGCAUGAGGAUCGGUCAAGCACCCCCCUAGACCACCCGCCCCCAGCCGUGGCCGCUCCCACCUCGGAGGAGGGAAAGGAGCCCCACUACGCUUCUCUCACCUUCCAUGGGCUGAAGCCCUGGAACCUUCCGGACCCGGAGGCCACCAGCACCACCGAGUAUUCAGAGAUCAAGAUCUGCAAGUGACGCCUCCAGCCAGCUCCUGCAACCGCUGGCUAGAGGGCUCAGGGCUUCUCAAGAAGGGACACCUCCGGGACAAUUCCUGAGUGAAUAGUUUUCCACAGAAACGGGUCGCCAACCGGUGUGGUGUGUUGGUGUCCACCUGUGUGGGGAUGGGCAGAGCUGGGCUCACAUUUCAGCCAGUCACCGAUAAAUUACAAGCCGGUGCAGAGAGAGCACUUUGCCUGAGGUCACGGGCUCUUCCCAGGGUAACCGACCUGGUCAGGAGGAUUCCUGACCCGCCCCCCGCCCCGCCCCACUCUGAGCCUGCUUUCUGGAAACCCGACUUGUGUAUUGUCACCACACGGAAAACCAUUCCCGGAUUUUCUGCAAUAAAUGACAGGUUAUCUAAAUUAUAUAC